AUGCCGUUGCACACCCUCGCCUGCAGACUACGCAAAACUCUACUCCCUUUGUUGGAGAGACUUUUGCACGAGCAAGAAAACAAGGUGGAAGCGCUCCUUCCGCAGAGGAUGGCCGCGCUGGGUAGUGAUUCAGCUUGCAUAUCUCUGCAUGAUGAACAAAAGAAGCAGUGCCGGGUACUCGAAACUUUGAGACACUGGAACCCAGCAACUGUCAGGGACCGCUUGCUAGCCUCUGCAACUCUUGGAUUGCUUCCGCAGUGCCGACCAGGCACAUUCAUUUGCGGCGUUUCCCUCCUCUGCUUCAAGGCCUCUGCCUAUGGAGAGGCUGCAGCGCUAAUGACUGACCCAGCAAAAUUCUUCGAAACCCCAGGAGACUUAUGCCGGUUGAUCACGGCCAUCCAACGUUUGCGGUGGCGUGUGGCUGUUCGUAUCAUUCUCCAUGUGCAUCCCAAGUUACUAUGGCUCCAGCGAAGAGCCUUCUUGAUGAGAGAGAUCAAGGAAGCGGCUGCCACUGCGGCCUUACGAGUGAUGCUGCUCAAGAAGCAUAUCCUUAUCCCCUUGCGGAAGCGUGUGAAGCGACGGCUCUCCAUUCGCCAUGGUCUAGGGUCGUUGGAGCGUUUCAUGUCGCACCAUUCUGCUCGAAUGGCGAAGCUACCGGCAGGCACUAGCAGCCGCAGACUCAGCGAAAAACGCCACUGCGUGGCAGCUCACAUAGGCAGCAAUCUGUAUUGCGUUGACGCUUCGGAAUUAUUCUCAGAAGAGGAAUUCCAGCCUUUCAUCGGCGUCUCGGAAGAGAAAAAGCCAAACAAAUCCUUACAGUCCUUGGCACAAGAGCCUCUGGUUGAAAUGCAGCAUGCAAAACAGGACCAAAAAUUCGAUGCACAGCUUCAUACCAGCUACCCAGAACGUAGUGAGCACUGCUCAUGUACAACUGUUAUGGCCAGUCAGUCAAGCCUGGUUUGCAUUGCCAAGCACCCCUGCCAUACUGGUCUACUCCUUGCAGCCGAUUCGGCCGCAAACCUCGUGCAGCUUGCAUUAUCAGGAUGCAACUGUGAGUCUAUAACCAUGACGAAUGCCCUGCUGAGAGAUUCAGCACCUACCACGUCCACUGCCUCUGGCGAGCCCUCAACAUCAUUACCUGCCCUUGACUCUCGAGCUCGUCUUCUAGCUAGAGCCGCCGCGAAAUGCAGUGCCUCCGACGAAAAGCGCGCUUCCAAGUGCUCAACCAUGCCUUGCUGCAAUGUUCCUGAGUACAACAGUAACCAUGAUUCCCUACUGGUAGCCAGGCUCGACGGGCACAUGCAGGAGGCUGAAUCUCCGCUGCUGUCACAGAUGACGCGCACGACACUUCCCCCUGAAGCGUGGCUGCCCAGGGACCUGCUCGAUGAAAUUAUUCAGACCCCUCAGGAUCAAUUAUGCCAUACAAGACACCCACGACCACCAACUGUGCGGCCGCUCAGCGUUUCCUUUGCAAGCCCCAUAACCGCAGAUUACGCCAUCGUCGUGUGCCUUGUGCAAGGCAGCAGCAGCAAGAACAACAACAACAACAGCAGCAGCAGCGGCAUAGGCAACCUCACUCUCGUUCUAGUCGACUUGUUGAGGAGGGAACCUGCUGGCUGGAUUCCUCUGUCUUUUGCGUCCCAUGAUCUAUCAGUCUGUGCUCGCCGCAACUCUGCGUACCUUCAACAGCUCUCCCAAACAGCUCUCCUAGAGUCUAACACUAAUGUUGGGAAAAUCAAAAGCGCAGCCGCUGAGCUUCGUGCUGCACGAAAUCAGCGGCCUACGGCACGCAGUCGUAGCACCAUGCUCUCUACAAUUCGUUUGCAACCUCUUUGGGGCAACGUGUGGGCGGUCACAGGCCCCUCCUUGCUCGCCAUCUUCUCUACCAACCUAAGGUAUCUGCAGCAUCCACCACAGGAGCUUGAAGCACAGUCAGGAGUCAGGGAUCCACCGCUUCGUCUUCUGUGGAACUUGGCCUCUGUUCCGCGCGUAAGUGGAAUGAGCCUUGAAGUGGCUGAAGAAUGGUUUACUGGAUGCACAUACACGCGUUUAGCCCCAGCAGCCCUCAGUUCAGUCAGUGGCACUGACCCGAUCAUACAGGCUCUACAAUUGAUGCCCUUUGGAGAAGUAACGCGGGCUCUCGAAGCAAGGAUGCAGCGGCUCUUGCUGCUUUCUACUGCGGAUGACUCUCUGGUUUUGCUACAAUGGAGUGAGGGCAGCUGCGGCCUCGCCAGUGGAUCGGGAAACCUUGUACUGUUAGAUCAGAUCCGUUUGCCUUUUCCUGUGCUACAUUUUCUACGAAAAGAGCCACUACCAGUCAGUCUAUCCCCUCAAAUGGCUGACGAAACAAAUGAGUCCGAUCUUCGCCUCUUGCGGGUCGUACCGUGGGAAGCUGACUCCCUAGUGCCGCGUUUGAUUGUUGGUGAUAAUUCUUGCAAUAAUAUUGACCUCAGUGACAGCACCACAGCCUCUGGUAGUAGUACCAGCGACUGGAAGUGUGGCCUCGAAAGGCGCCGUCCCCAAAAGUCUGGACACGCAAGGACUAAGGAGAGGAAACUUGGACUGCUUCUUCGAGACUUCCCAUUGUACGGCAUUGCUCUUGUUUUGAGCGAUGGGAGUCGCGUCCUGCGAUCACUGGAUGAAGUGGCCUCGCAGCCUCGGCAAAACACUACAGGGGACCAGGAGAGCCAACUUUUGGCGAUAACCCCUUUGCCUGCCCGCUCGAGUGUCUUCACCUCGUUGAGACGGUUUCGUGACGGCUGUGUUAAAUUUUGUGUUGAGGAUGGCGAAGGCAACUAUCGCGUGACCAAACAGCUUCACCUGCAAAGCUUUUUAGAAAGCUAA